AUGGCUACAGAUGACUACGGCAAGAUCGCUGACCGCGUGGGUAAGCUCAAAGGCUCACACAACUACUCCAACUGGCUAUUCAAGCUCAAGCGAGCUCUCAAGUCUCGCGGCCGCACGCUUCGUGAGCAUAUCGCAAAGGAACACAAUGACAGGGCGUUGCGUGAGCAUCGACGACGACCACGCUCUCGUUCGGGCUCUCACCUACAUGAGGAUGACGAGCCACCUACCACAAUCUAUCCUGAUUCGGUCUCCGUUGAGGAGCUUGAAGACUACAUUCGUGAGAAUUACGAAGAACCAAACAAGGAACAACAAGAAUGGGAAGCUCUCAUGUUCACCGUCCUCGAUAUCUUUAUCUCUUGUCUCGACUACGACCCCAUGCAGCAUGUCAAGCAGACUGAAGACGCAUCUGAAGCCUUCAGGAUCAUUGAAAAGCUGUACGGUCGUCCCACGCAGCAGACUAUCGCCACUAAAUGGUCCAAACUCGAGUCCACCGUCUACAAAGCAGGCUAUCAAAGCGCCCAGUUCAUUGCUAACUGGCAGCGAGCCUACGUGGAAGUAGACGAAGCCCUAGGCGAUGAGUCUCUUCCUAUCGCUAUCCAAUACUCUAUGUUCGUCCGGGCUAUGGGCAACCACCCUAAUACCACUGUAUGGCUUCAGGGCGUCCAUAAGUUCGAUCUCAAGGACCCAAGAUUGAUGGAGAAUGUCUUUGCUGACUUUGGAACUGCUGAAGACCAGCGUUACAAUAACAUUAAGCAGCAUCCUACCCUUUCUUCAAACAAUACCAAGAAAGGUAGUCAGCAACAGCAAUCCCAGUCCUCCCACCCCUCCUAG